AACAAUGAUUUAACUGGUAUAUGAAAAAACCCACACACACUCUUUUGUACUAACACAAAGAAGUGAAUAAACACUCACCGGCACUCCAACUAACCACCACAACCACCACCGGUCACCACCAUGAGAGCCACCACAAAUAGCCUCUUCUCUUCAGAUCACUUCACAAACCCUAACACUUUCAUCAAAACCCUAAUCCUUUCCUUUCUCUCCCUCUCUCUCUUCUUCACCGUCAAACACUUUUCCUCCGAUCAACUCUCCCUCCCCUUCUCCGCCACCAACACCACCGACACCGCCUUCAACAUCCACGUUUCACCUUCCUCUCCGCCGCCGCAGAACCCGAUCACUUUGCCGCCGGAAACGAUGGCGCGUGAGGUACCAAAGGAUGUGGUGGAACGGACAGGGAUAGUUGACGAGAACGGAGCAAUGACGAAUGAUUUCGUGAUCGGAGAUUAUGAUGCGAGUUUGCUCGAAAAUGCGCAAAAUGAGAGUUUGGUGGAGAAAGGAAAUGAGAGUGAUGAAAAUAAGUGGAUAAAAGUUGAGAAAUUUAGGGUUUGUGGUGAGAGUAUGAGAGAGUAUAUACCUUGUUUGGACAAUGUGGAUGUUGUUUCUAAACUGAAUUCGACCGAAAAGGGAGAGAAAUAUGAACGGUAUUGCCCGGAAAAAGGGAAAGAGUUGGAUUGCUUGGUUCCGAAUCCAAAAGGGUAUAAAGAUCACAUUCCUUGGCCGAAAAGUCGAGAUGAGGUUUGGUAUAAUAAUGUACCCCAUACACGUUUGGUUGAAGAUAAAGGAGGCCAAAACUGGAUAUCAAGAAACAAAGACAAGUUUAUAUUUCCAGGAGGCGGAACACAGUUUAUACAUGGAGCAAAUCAGUACUUGGAUCAGAUAUCUAAGAUGGUUCCCGAUAUUGCAUUUGGUCAACAUGUGCGAGUCGCCUUGGAUGUUGGUUGCGGUGUAGCAAGUUUUGGUGCAUUUUUACUGGACCGUAAUGUGACGACUCUAUCUGUGGCACCAAAAGAUGUCCAUGAGAAUCAAAUUCAGUUCGCUCUGGAGCGUGGCGUCCCUGCGAUGGUGGCAGUAUUUGCAACUCGUCGUUUGUUAUAUCCAAGCCAAGCAUUUGAUUUAGUACAUUGCUCGAGAUGUAGAAUAAAUUGGACUCGUGAUGAUGGAAUUUUGCUUCUGGAGGUGAACAGGAUGCUAAGGGCUGGAGGAUACUUCGUUUGGGCAGCACAACCUGUAUAUAAACACGAAGAUAAGCUUCAAGAACAAUGGAAAGAAAUGGAGGAUCUUACUGGCCGCUUGUGUUGGGAACUUAUAGCUAAGGAAGGAUAUAUUGCUAUUUGGCGCAAGCCUCUCAAUAACAUAUGUUACCUUGCUCGUAAUCUAGAUGUACAACCUCCGUUAUGUGAUGCCACUGAUGACCCCGAUAAUGUUUGGUACAUUCCGCUGAAGUCAUGCAUUUCUCGGUUACCUGAAAAUGGUUAUGGAGGUAACAUUACAAUGUGGCCUGCACGUCUGCAUCAUCCACCAGACAGGCUUCAAAGUAUACAGAUGGAUGCAUUUUUAUCCAGGAAGGAUAUAUACAAGGCAGAGUCAAAGUAUUGGAAAGAGAUAACAUAUAGUUAUGUAAAUGUUUUCCGUUGGAAGAAGUUAAAUGUACGGAAUGUGAUGGACAUGAGGGCAAGAUACGGAGGAUUUGCAGCAGCAUUAAUUGAUCAUGGGGUUGAUUGCUGGGUAAUGAAUGUAGUUCCUGUCAGUGAUACCAAUACCUUGCCUGUAAUUUAUGACCGUGGACUCAUUGGCGUCGUACAUGACUGGUGUGAGCCAUUUGAUACAUACCCCAGAACUUACGACAUAUUGAAUGCUGCUGGCCUCUUCUCCAUAGAACAGAAAAGGUGUAAUGUAUCCACAAUAAUGCUGGAAAUGAAUCGAAUCCUACGACCAAACGGGCAUGUUUAUAUCCGGGAUGCUAAUUCCAUCAUCUAUAAACUUGAAGAAAUUGCAAAAGCCAUGGGAUGGAUCACUCAUGUUUUUGACAACGGGGAGGGUCCAAAUGCCGGUGUCAAACUUUUGACCUGUGAAAAACGCGUAUAGCAUCUUUCUACUUCCCAACUUCUAUAAGUAUAAACAGGAAAGCUGCAGCUGUAUAUUUGUGUAGAUGAAGAUGAACUGACAUUUUGCAGAGACAAGAUUCUAAAUGACAAUAUUUUUUACCUUCAAAGCUCUACUUGUCUAUUUAUCUAGAGUAGCCUGAAGUGAAAUAUAUUGUGUUCAUUUCCAUGAUUUCUUGUUCUUUUA